AUGUCGCCCCGGAUCCUCCUCCUGCUGCUCGCGGGGGCCCUGGCCCUGACCGAGACCCGGGCGGGCUCCCAUUCCCUGAGGUAUUUCGACACCGGCAUGUCCCGGCCCGGCCUCGGGGAGCCCCGCUUCGUCGAAGUCGGCUACGUGGACGACACGCAGUUCGUGCGCUUCGACAGCGACUCCGAGAACCCGAUGAUGGAGCCGCGGGCGCCGUGGAUGCAGCAGGUGGAGCAGGAGUACUGGGACUGGAACACUCGGAACGCCAAGAACAACGCACUAAUUAACCGCAUGAAUCUGAACAUCCUGCGCGGCUACUACAACCAGAGCGAGGCCGGCUCUCACACCAUCCAGUACAUGUACGGCUGCGAGAUCGGGGAGGACGGGCGCCUCCUCCACGGAUACAGGCAGUUCGCCUAUGAUGGCACGGACUACAUCGUCCUGAAUGAGGACCAGCACUCCUGGACCGCAGCCAACAUGGCAGCUCAGAUCAGCAAGCGCAAGUGGGAGGCUGAGGAUCUGGCUGACCGCCACAGGGCCUACCUGGAGCUGGAGUGUGUGGGGUGGCUGCGCAGAUACCUGGAGAUGGGUCAGGAGACGCUGCAGCGCGCAGACCCACCCACAGCACACAUAACCCACCACCCAGUAUCUGACCAGAAGGCCACCCUGAGGUGCUGGGCCCUGGGCUUCUACCCCAAGGACAUCACACUCACCUGGCGCCGAGAUGGAGAGGACCUGACCCAAGACACAGAGCUAAUAGAGACCAGGCCUUCAGGCGAUGGAACCUUCCAGAAGUGGGCAGCUGUGCUGGUGCCUGUUGGAGAAGGGCAGAGAUACACAUGCCACGUGGAGCAUGAGGGGCUGCCUGAGCCCCUCACCGUGAGAUGGGGUAAGGAGGGCAGAGUGGACAGAGCCUUCAGCAGGGGCAGGGCUGAGCCCUGGGGUCAGAGCGCCUUAUUGUCCCUUCCCCUCUCAGAGCCUCCUCAGCCCACUGUGCCCAUGUGGGGAGUCAUCGCUGGCCUGGUCCUCCUGGCAGCUGUGUUCAUUGGAGCUGUGGUCACUGCUGUGAUGAUGAAGAGGAAACGCUCAGGUGGGAAAGGAGGGAGCUACACUAAGGCUGCAGGUAAGCACUGGGGUGUGUUUAAGGGUGGAGGAGCCCCAAGAGCAUUGCCUUGGCCAGAUGCCCAUGGAGAAGCUGCCCUGCCCACCCUGUAGCUCCUCCCUCAGCCACACCUCCAGGGGUCUCACCAAGUCCUGAUUGGUUCUCCCAGGUCAGGACAGUGCCAGGAGCUCUGAUUCCUCUCUCACAGCCUGAAAGGUGAGACCUGGAAGGACCUGGAGGGGAGAGGUGGCAGAGAUGAGAGGAUCCAAUGAGGCUGGGAGAUUCCUUGUAUUUGGACAUUUUCAUGUGUGCUGGUUGUUAAUGUUCGCGUGAGCAAGUGAUGUGAAAUUGUUAACUCGUUGUUUCUGUGUGGACAAUUGCCUUGUUUCCAUCUGAAGUGUAUCAGAAUUGCUUAAGUCUUCAUUUUGGUGUCUUCAAAAAGCCCUGCCCUCCCUUCCUGCACAGGCAUCUGAGUGUGUUCCUGUGGGCACAGUAUGAGGUGGGAGCCUGGCCCUCCCAGCCCAGCGUGGGCACCUCCUUCCCUGUCUCAAGUCAGGUGCAUCUGCUGCAGCUUCCUCCUUCCCUGUGCAAAU